AUGAGUGAAUCCGUUCAUAGCAAUGAGGAGCCGGCAGCUACCAUGCCCACCGUCUCCUCCGCCACCGAUUCAACCUUUGACGUACCUCAAGCCGCUGCUCCAAGGUACCGACAGCCAUCUGUCCGUGAGGAGAGUAAGGAAUCCUAUGUGCAGAUGUCUCAGGUCCCACGUCAGGAAAACGGCUCUCGACCUGCCAGACCUGUGUCAUUCCCGGAUGUAAGUGCUCCCACCACUAACGGCAUCGAAAACGCUCCUCGCGCACCUCGAAACCAUCGCGACACACGUAGCCAAGGCGCCAGUCCCCAAGGACCUACCACCGGCACUCAAGCACAGGCCACGAUUCAAGAGCGAAGAUCUCGCCCCCGACACCGAUCUCAUGGACGUGGACGUCGCGACGCGCCUAUGUCCCCUUUGGCAGAACCAUUCGUGCCUUUAGCCAUUCCGGUGACUCAAACCAACCAGGCUCGAUCCAACUACGCCCAGUCCAACCAGAGUCAGUCUAACUACACCCAGUCUAACCAGACCAACGGUUACACGCCUGGCCAUCCCCCAUAUAUGAUGGGCUACCCAACAUACCCGGCCAUGUACCCCAACUACCCGCAGCCUAACCAAUUCCCCACCAACAACAACAACCACCAGUACGGUCCCCAGCAGUACCCCGUCCAGCCUCCGCAGCAGCAGCAGAACGGCGCCCACCCGUUCUACACCCAACCACACCACGUAGGCCCGACUCCCCCUCCCCACAACGGUCUGUAUCAAGGACCCCCUCGAGGACCAACUCCCUUCCCGUCCCAGCAGCCGUACGGACCGCCUCCCCCGGCCCCCCGUCCCGCUCAUGCGCAGGUCGUUCCGCCGGCACAUCCGCCCCAGCCGCCUCCUCGUGAGAUGUCUGAGGAAGAGGUACGCCUUGAGCGCAUUCGCGCGCACCGUCAGCAGAUGGAGCGAGCGCGAGGCUUUGACGAGGAGGAUGACGAUGAGUUUAUUCCUGGCAUUUAG